GUCACGUGAGCUGUGACGUGCGCGCAAGGCGGAAGUGAACGCGGCGGUGUGAUGAGGGAGAAACACACAUGUCCGAGUUAUUAAUAAUUAUCAGAGUUUAAUGAAAUGAUCAUAUGAUCGGGUUUAAUCUCCGUCAGGAUGCCGCUGUUGACUCAGAAUAAGCGAAUAGAGCGCGUCACCUCAACCGCGGAGCUCUUCAGCAAACACCCGCAUCUGAAGGAACGUGCGCAGCAGUUUGUGUCCAGAAGUCCAGAAGCUGUGGACACUAAACAGCUGCUGUACGUCCAGCAGCGGGAGUGUGCGGCGACCACACCAGCGGACAAUUCGGUCUCUAUCCUGGGAUCCGAUGACGCCACGACAUGCCACAUAGUCGUGCUUCGACACACAGGCAGCGGAGCGACGUGUCUGGCUCACUGUGAUGGCUCCAGCACAUGGACUGAAGUUCCUCUGAUAGUCAGUGCUGUCACUUCUAGAAGCAAUCCAGCAAAAGAGGGCAGACUGGAGCUGCAUCUGGUCGGAGGUUUUGAUGACGACAGGAGCACCUCGCACUCACUCAGCCUUAGUAUUCUGGCUGCCUUUCAAAAGCAGAAGGAAGAGAUUCAGCUGGAGACGUGCUGCAUCACAGGAGUGAACGUUAAAACGGGUCAGGUGUUUCCAGCUUCGUUCACAUGUCGAGGACCAGCGGAGGAGCUCCGAUCCGCUCGCACCUUCUCUGGUGCAGAGAUGGUUGAAGUGUAUGACUCUAGCAGAGAGCUUGUGAAAAUCGACCCGUGCAGAUGGACACCAAACAACGACAUGGCCUUCUGGCUGUCCCAAGAUGAUGAAACCAUCCUACAGUAUUUGUCCACGUCUCCACAUGCAGAACCUCCUCACUUCGUCCAUCACAUCAAAUCCACCAUCCAGUUUCUGCUGGAUCACCCGACCGCAGACGGGCUGUUUCCAGGCGGUCAGCCACAGCUGUACCGCCGCGCUGAGGACGGCCGCUGGAAGAGAGCCUAAACGCUGACCUCUGACCUCUGUGACCCACUGUAACCCAACUAAAGGCCUUUGACGUCUGCUGUUUAAAGUAGAAGCUCCUUUACACUGAAACACACUGAUUGAAGCUUAGAUUGAGUGUUUAAAGAGUGACUUCUGCUCAGAGUGACCCUUACAUAGAAACAAGAGUCUAUGAACUAUUUCUUUUCAUUUUUAUUUCAUAUUUGUUAUGUAUGUCAAUGCAAAUGUGUUCAUGGAUCAUAAGACGUGUUCUUUAUUUUACACUAACAGGAUAUGUUGGUUUUUUUCCUAACAUCUCGCUGCAUCUUAUUUGCUCACUAAACAUUAAUUUUGGAAACUGUAAAUACAGUAUGUUGUGAUCCUUUGAGGAGGAAUAAGAGAAUUAAAAGUCUUGCCAGUAAAAGCAUGGUGUUUUGU